GCUGCGCCGGAUCCCGCCGAAACCUGGCUUUCCCCGACCCCCUUUUAUUUGGCUCUGCCCUGGGUCCUCCCCGGCCAGGAAACCGCCCGCUCCCGCCCGCCUCACCCCCCCCCCCCCCCCACCGCGGGGCCGCCAGGGGAACAUCUGGGCGGCCGCGCCGCCAACAUCUGGGGGGCGGCAGCGGCGCAUCCGCCGGCGGCCGCAGCUGGAGGGUCCCGCGGCCGCGGGGCUGGCCCGGGCCGGCAGCGAAACCCCUCGGAGCGGGGGCCGAGGGGCUGCGGGGGAGACGGAGGAAGAAAUUGCGAGAGAGCAGGGCGGAGGAGGCAUCGCCUAACAUAAAACCAUGGGCAAUUUCAAAGGGCACGCGCUCCCUGGAAGCUUUUUCCUUCUUUUUGGCUUGUGGUGGUCAGUGAAGUACCCACUGAAGUAUGCCUGUAGAAAAAACAAGAAUGCUUGCUACCUUGGUUCCAGGGCAGGAUUUCAGCGCCUGGAGUUUGUUGAGGGGAUCAUCAAAGCUGUCUUUGCCCUGAUUGGAAUGGUGGCCGAGCAGUUUGUUCCCGAUGGACCUCAUCUGAAGUUGUAUAAUUACGAGGAAAAGCACUGGGACCACUUGAUGAACUGGCAACACGCCACCAUGUACCUCUUCUAUGGCAUUUCAGGGUUGGUUGACAUCGUGGCUCACGGGACCAAUGCGUUGCCGGUGGCCAUGGACAGGAUGAUGCUUUCCUUAGCAGUGUUUAUUGAAGGUUUUCUCUUUUGCUACCAUCUUCAUGGGAGAGCCAUGCUGGAUGUUCAUGUUCAUCAGUUAUUGCUAUUCGCAAUCUUUGGGGCUGCUGUUUGCAUAUUUCUGGAAGUUUUUUUCCGUGGCAGUAUUGUGCUAGAGAUGCUCCGCACAAGCCUCUGCAUAUUACAAGGCAGCUGGUUCUGGCAGAUUGGUUUUGUGCUUUAUCCUCCAAAUGGGAGCCCGGAGUGGAAUCAGACGGACCAUACUAAUAUGAUGUUCCUGACCAUGUGCUAUUGCUGGCAUUAUGCCUUUGCUUUUCUUAUACUUGCAGUGAAUUACACGAUUGUCAGCUGGGCAGUUCGUUCAAAGGUUAAACAGUCCCAGUCCAUGGAAAUGGGAUUACUGAAAACAUCUGAACGAGAUCAGGAGUCAGAAGAUGAAAUUUAGUAUGAAUAUGGCAUGACUAGUUUACCCGCUCUACCAUUAGGCUAAUUGAUACCUCAUUUCUAGGUUUGUUUGCCAUCUUAUUCAUUCUUCGCUACAGCUAGCUAUGCAAAUAUCCCCCAGGUACUGUCUACAUCUACACAGUUACAUCUUUACUUGCAGAGGGUAACUUUGGUAUCAAUUUAUGGUGGUUGCACUAGUACCUUGCUUAUCACAUGCUUCAAAUAAAACUAGACAAGUAUUAGACAGACUUGGACUGGAUGAGGCGGCAUGAUGAAGUCUGUGUGUUUGCCUCAUUAAAAGCUAAGCAAAAUGUUUUCCAGCUGCUGCUGAACAGACUGUUCAGUUUCCAUAAUUAGGGUGUUUGUUGCCCUGCAAGUAAGUGUGCAUAAAUAACUGUGCAGACCUGGAAAACAGUAGAACAAGAUGGGAGGACUCAAUGACCUUUAAGGUCCCUUCCAACCUAGACAAUUAUAUGAUCCUAAGAUUAAAAAAAAAGUCUUGCAGCUGUCUUGUACAACACCGUUGUGUCUCUGCUUGUGACUUGAUGUUAAAUGGAAAGAACUACUCACUGAAAACCCAUUCAGUGUUUCCUUGAAGAGUGUAUGGUGUGUCCACUCCUGCAGAGACACCACCAAGCUUGGUAGGAGGACUGAAGAGGUGUAUGAUGAUCAAAAGCCACUGCAGUUAUUCAUUCUCAUGCCUAGGUAGUCCUACCUCUUUGACUUUGAAAGGCAAUGAACUGACUCUGCUUUCCCUCAGCGAAUGGAGCAACUUCUUUUCCAGAAAGGCCGAGGCACGUCCAGUGGGGCAGCGCCUGACCACAGGGCCAGUUUCUUUCCCAAAGUUACUUCCUUUCUUUCGGUGGAAUUUGGUGGUGUUUCAGCAAGGCUCAGUAGCAGACAUGUGACUGGACCAAGCACCUGGGUCAGGAGCAGGAUAUGCCGAUCUGUGGGCAGGAUGAUUCGCAUCCUUUUACCUGUGUCACCCCUGCAAGCACUGGCAGCCUGUGCAGUGCUGCAAGGUGAGCUGUGGGAGGGCAGAUGUUGCCUUCAUAGUAGCUCUGUGCCCAGCUACCCACAGCAGUGAGUGACUUAAAUUUUUUUUUUCAAUUGUAUUUAUUUUCUCCACUAUUAGUGAAGUCUUGAUGCAGUGUGAAACAGAGCGCCCUCCCCGGCGCUCACUGUUGCUUGGGAUGCGCUCCAACCUCACCAAAAGGGAAAUAACUGAUAGGUGUAAUCUCACUGCCCCUGUGGGGUGGAUUUUUGAAGCAUCGCUCUGGCUCUAAUGCAUCUUUCAAAAGACUUGGACGGGCAGCUGGGCAGGAGGGAGCACGUGCUGUACCACUGCAUGUGCGCUCUGCUUUCCAGAGGGCUGAGCCCGGGAUGCGUGCUGGUGGCCAGGCGCCGGUUUACAAAUCUGUCAGUGGUAAGGUGAUCAUUCUGGAAAACAGCCUUUCCCUUUAGAAUACCUAAAAUAAUAUUUGCUAAUUAUUUUUGGAAACAUUCUAAUGCAGGACAACAAAUUAUGUUUAAAUAGUCCCAGUGCGUCGGGUUUGGUGCUGCAGAAAUGUGUUCCUUCUGUCAUUUGAGUAUUUUCAGAUCCUCCUAAGGGAAUGCAGAGCCGGACUCUGGCAGAUGAAUGAGCGCUGUAGGAUCUGGUCCCUCUACUUUUGUGUUUCCCCUAGAUUUUUUUCAGUGUGAACCAGAAAAAUCAGUAGCAUGAAAUUAUUAAUUGCAGUAAACUGAUUGCUUAAAAAGAUAGGCAAUAAAAUAGUUUGUAGCUCAAAGUGAUUCCAGGGCUCAGAAAAUAAAAAUAUUUCAAGGCUUUUCCUAAAGCUGUUUCACCUUCAGUGCAACAUACACAAUCACUUCAUUUUCAGGACCCAUCUUUUACCUUCUCGUUUUCAAGGAGCACCUUCCUUAGCUGCACAUACUGUUAAUGCUGAAUUUUAGACUGCCAGGCCUAUCAAUGCCUUUCCAAAAUCAGUGAGGCCGUUUAUUCUGAAGGAGGUCUUCAGAAAGUACUUUGCUUCUCAUAGGCAGGAACAAUGCAAGUUUCUUCACUGCUUUUCUUGAUAAAUUACAUUUAAUACUGUACAAAUAUUACGGUGCUGUAUCUCUAAACUAAAGGGAUAACGUAAGCAGGAGGAGAAGCAAGAUAAACUGGCUGGGCUUUGAUAUGUCUUCUUAGAAGACUUCAGUUGGCAAGUUUUAAAAAUUAUUUUAGAUCUUUGCCAAGUAUCAUGAAAUGACACUUGUAACCAGGUGUCAGAUUAUCCAGAUGAAUCUAGCAAGAAUAGUUGGCUCACAGACAAAAUUUCUAUGUUUAGAAAUGUAAAACGGGAAACUGCAGAUGCACAGACAAAGAUCACCACUUUUCUUAAUAAUUGCUUGCCCUUCUUCAGUGCCUUCCUCUGAAGGGCCUUGGAGAUUUUGGCAAACUUUAAUGAAGUCUGUCUCAGGACAUUCUUGUAAGUUAGGUGUCGGUAUGGCAUUUUUUUAGCUCCGUGAAUCAGCUUUGCAGUGGUCUCACUGUAAACUCUGAAUUAAUUGAUAUUUACUCUGCUCCGCAAAUCUAAGACUUGAGUUUCGUUACUGUGGUUCCAUUAAAAUCAGAUUUUCUGUUGGCACAAGCCAGAAGGAAGAUCCACAGUUUUGUUGAGGAGCUUGCCUGUUAAUUGCAGCAGGGAUACAUUGGCCAAACGCAAUGUGUCAUUACACCCAGCUAUAAUCUUACCUUCAUUGUACCACAUCACUCUUGUCUCUAAAUUGUUGGGAUUUUUUUAAAGGGCAGAAUUUUUUUCCUGUUAGCAUGGUUGGCGUAUAAAGCUUCUGUAGUGCUGAGCAGUGAGGACGAUGGCUAUGUAUCGUCUAUAGAUUAUUACAAUCUGUCGUGGUAAGCCAAAAUCAGUCCACGAAGUGAGCCUCAUGGGAUUCAAUAACCUGAAUGAGCUGUGAACGUGUAGGGUGCUUAGCAAACUCUCCUUUUGAAAAAGAACGCCUUUUCAGAAACAAAAGUUGCCAGUACUUGAACGUGAUGGCCAGAAGAGUGGCUGCCUGCCGCGAUUCCUCCCGUGAUCGCCUCAGCCUGGUGCCUUUAGGUCUGUGUGUUUUCUUGGGAGAAAACCUGAGCAGGACACAGCCUGCUGGGAGGUAUCACCUCCAUCUUCCUCUGUGUCUCUGCUGUGAAUCUCCCGUAAAUGAUCAGAGAACUGGACAAAUAAGCCCACCAGACACAUCCGCUGGUUUUGGUGCAACCGUGCUUAGCAAAGAUGCCUUUAAAGAAGCCCAACCUGAAGGCUAAUGCAGUCUGUUACGAAGAACUGUAGGGCAGGCUUCUUGCAAAAACUCUGUUCGCAUAAGAGAAGGUGGCAUUGCGUUAUUAAGCUGGAAGAACUGCAAGGAAAAACAGAUCCUGAAGCCUCAAAGAAACAGUAGUCUCUUGGAUUUAAUGCUUAAUACUUAUAAUACAAGCAGAGUGAGUGUCACAGUAGGGUUUUGUGCCUGAUGUAUUUUUGGUGCCACAAAGGAAAGAAACACGUGUUGCAGGGUGGCUUUUUGCAACACAGAACACCUGACCCGUUCCUCUCAAGCAUUGUUCAAAAGAGACGCCCAGGAACAGUAAGGUACCUAUUAUGAUGAAAAAGGUACAACCUUCAGCAUGUCACUAGCAACAGAUUUUGCUUGAGUUGAAUGAAUGGAAGGAAGUCUGACAAGUUUACAAACACCACUCAGAAAAAGGUAGCUGCUCUCAAGAGAAUUUAAAUUAUUGUUAAAUAUCGGUUCCUUUGAAAAACUAUAUGGUAGCUUAUAAUAGACAAGAUA